ACCGGGGUGACCGGGAGCAACUGCCCGGGCCACGCGCACCUGACCCCGGCCGCGCUAGUGGCAUCAGCCCCGGUAAUCAGACCGAGAGGUUCCCAGCUUCAGACUGGGAGAAGUGCUGCUUCUGCACCGUCAACAUGAGUAACGUAGAUGGAGCGGAUCCGAGUCCGGAUCCGAGCCCGGCUCCGGGGAACAGAGACCGCACCGCUGGAGGAGAGAGCCGGGAUAAAAGGCCGGGGUCCGGCUCUAAUGUGACCGACAUGGAAACGGGGAUGCUCGGCGGGCAUAAAGUGAAACCCCUCGGCAGCAGCGGCGGAGCUGCUGGUAAUAUUGGACCUCCUCCUCCUCCUCCUCCUCCUCCAUCAUCAUCAUCAUCAUCCCACCACACACCUCCGCCGCUCCGCCAGUUUGUCCAGCAGCAGCAGCACCACCAGCAAACCCACAACACCAUCACAAACCACCGCAUCCAGCAGGGCCGGGGGGAGCCGCGGGGAGCGAGCCGCGGGGACCGACAUCACCAUGGAGGGGCAGAAAACAUCCUCCAGGUGGGGAACAGCCGAGCGGUGGAGCGCCAUCACCAACACCAGCUGAAUAACAGCGAGGAGGAGGAGGAGGAGGAGGAGGAGGAGCGGAUGGAUGCCAGCCUGGGAUCAGCCACCAACACCACCACCACCAGCACCAACAACAACAACCCUCCUCCGACUGGGACCAGCUCUGAGUUUAAUCAUUAUUAUGGGAAUGGAAGAGGAGGGCCUUGCUUUGAUCAACAUGGCGGACAACAAAGCCCAGGGUCUGGGGUAAGAGCGGCGCACUCGGUUCACAACGCCAUGGAUCAGGUUCAGAACUCCCACGACGGGUACAGCAACAGCAGCCCGUAUAACCACUACCCGAACUACCGACCCGGCUACGGGAGCAGUGGCUACGGAGGCAUGAUGAGUCCCUCGCGGCAGGGGAACAGCCUGAUGGGCCCGGGCAGCGGCAGCUCGGCCGCUGCUAACCACAGCAAAGCGGCUAUGACUGCUACCAGCGCCCCGGCCGGAGGUGGAGUUGGCGGCGGCGGCGGCGGCGGCGGCAACAACGGAGGAUUUCAGCGGUUCCCCGGGCAGGGUCAGCAGCAGCAGCAGCAGCUGCACCCGUCCGGAGCCACGCCGACUUUGAAUCAGUUAUUGACGUCUCCGAGCACCAUGAUGCGAGGCUACGGAGGUGGAUAUCCAGAUUAUAACAGCCCUUCCGCGCAACAGCAGCAGAGCAUGGGGCUGGCUAAAGACGUGGGCUCCCAGUACGGCUCGGCUGCUCAUGGCUGGGGAGGACAACAAAGAAAUCACCCGAGCAUGAGCCCGGGGAACAACGGGCAGGGCAGCGGCAGACCCCAGGUGCCGCCCUCGGACCCGAUGGCGAUGAAGCGCUCUCAGCUCUACGGUAUGAGCGCCAACCCGUACUCCCAGCAGCAGCAGGGGGCGCCCUACUCUGGCCAGCCCUACGGCGCCCUGUCCCCCCACAGAUACCCGAUGGGAAUGGCCAGCAGAGGGCAGAUGGGCAUGGCUGGGAUGCAGUACCCUCAGCAACAGAUGGGAUCUCAGUACAGUCAGCAGCAGCAGCAGCAGCAGCAGAGCGUGGGCGGUUACUGUCAGCCGGGUCAGCCGCCGUACUUCAGCCCUCCACAGCAGCAGCCCGCCGCCCCGAGCCAGCCGCCGUACAUGCAGCCCCGCCCACUGCCGCAACAGGAGGUGCCGCAGGAGGCGUACGGGGGGCGGGGCCAGUCUGCUGCUAUGACUCCUGGGAAACCAAACCACGAGGAGAUGAGCCUGAGCCAACAGGAGCGGCCGUCCAGCCUGCCGGAUUUGUCCGGCUCCAUCGAUGACCUGCCCACCGGCACCGAGGCAGCGGUGAGUUCAGGGGCGUCGGGCUCCGGCAGCACUCAGGGCGACCAGGGGACCCCGACCCGUUCUCCUUUCUCCCCCCACGUCUCACCUCGACUCCCCCCGCCAGCGCGCAGCGGGCCCUCCCCCUCGCCCUCGCCGUCCCCCGCUGGGUCCAGCAGCCAGUCGCGAUCUGGACCUCUGUCCCCUGCCACCAGCGGACCAGGCUCUCAGAUGACCCCUCAGGUCUCUGGUCCUGGAUCCGAUGUCGGUCCUCAUCCCUCUGCCAUGACUCAGGACAGAGGUUUCCCUCCCUCCAUGCAGUGUAGCACUCAGGGGCCUCAGUUUGGCCCCCAGCAGUCAGCACCACCCAUGUCCCCUCACCCAGCCCCGGGGGGACCCAUGCACCACGGCUCCUACCAGCAGGGCGGCUCCUAUGGCCAGUACGGGCCCCCAGGUAACUACCCUCGGCCCCCCCACUAUGGCGGGGCCCCCAGUGCCAACUACUGCGGCCCUGGCCCGGGGCCCGGCUUAGCCAACAGCCUGGGGUUGAAUGCCAGCAGUCCCAUGCACGGUCAAGGCCCGUCCACCCCAGCAGGUCGCGGCCCCGGGCCUGGCCCCGGGGGGCGGCCUUACCCCGCCGGAGGGAGCACCAUGGCCCCCACCUCCCCCGGCAUGCCACAGCCCGCGGGGCAGGGCAUGGGGCCUCCGGGGCCCAACGCCAGCCGCAAACUGCCUGAGGUCGGCCCCAACGCCGGGCCGAGUGCCAACUCCUCCUCCACCUCUGCCGCAGCCGCUCAGGGCAGGCCUCCCUUCACUUGUUCCCCAGCCUUCCACAGCCAGUCCUGGCCCGGGGGUCGACCUGCCCUCUCUCCUACCCUUCACCCCUCUCACCCUCCUCCUCCUCCUCACCCUGCUCACCACUCCCAGCAGGAAACCUAUGCUCAGCCCCAACCCACCGUGCAGACCGCCCCUGAGCAUUAUGGGCAGGGAAGCUACCUGGGCAUGGCACCAAUGGGAGGAAUGGGCCCCGGAGGCUCCGGAGGUCCUGGAGGUCCCUACAGCCAGCAACCAGGCAGUAACUCUGGGAGGAUGACGCCGCAGGGACCCCCCUACAACGCCCCAUCCUCAGGUCCCAUGAUGAUGCCAGCAGAGGGGAUGGGUGCUCACCCAGACGCCAAGCAGAGGGUUGAGCUCAGCAAAGAGGGCGUCUGCCCUGCCAGCGAACCACCCAAACCCAAGGACGGCUACAGCUCUCAGUGUGUGUCCAAGCCCCCCACCCCCUCCCCCAUGUCCCCCCGCUCAGCUAGUCUGUCCUCCUGUCACGGGGAGGACACCGAUAGCGUUAGCAGCCCCGCCUGGCCCAAGACGUCAACCAGCCCCAAGCCCAGCGUGGCCACCAUGACCAGCGAGAAGAUCACUCGGCUCUAUGAGAUGGGCUCUGAGCCGGAGAGGAGGCCGUGGGUGGACCGGUACCUGUCUUUCAUGGAGGAGAGGGGGACGCCCGUCCCGAACCUGCCCGCCGUGGGAAAGAAGCCUCUGGACCUCUGCAGACUCUACCUGGCUGUCCGAGAGAUCGGAGGCCUGGCCAUGGUGAACAAGAAUAAGAAGUGGAGGGAGUUGUCGUCCCAGUUGAACGUGGGGACGUCCAGCAGCUCGGCCAGCUCUCUGAAGAAGCAGUACAUCCAGUACCUGUUCGCCUACGAGUGCAAGGUGGAGCGUGGAGAGGAGCCUCCACCUGAGGCCCUGGGGCCUGCCGGAGACACCAAGAAACCUCCGUCACUCCAGGCCAAGAUCCAGCCACCCUCCCCAGCCAACUCGGGCUCCCUGCAGGGCCCCAACACCCCUCAGUCCAGCAGCAGCUCCCUGACCGAGGCCCCCGGAGACCUGAAGCCCCCGACCCCCGCCUCCACCCCGCACAGCCAGAUGGGCCCUCAGCCCGGAAACAGGAACAUGGGGGGAGUGAGCGUCCAGGACCCGUUCUCUGAAGGCAGCGAUCCAGCCUUCAACAACAAGCGAGGCCAGGGACCCGGUGGCCCCCCCUACCAGCAGGCAGGAGGCCCGACAGACCCCUCAAUGAGGAUGCAGUACGAUGCCAACAAAGACCCAUACGGAGGACCGAGGAAAGGUCCAGGGCCCGGUGAGGCCUUUGGUCCCGGUCAGAUGCCCAGCGGCGCCAUGCAGGACAUGUACCCCCGCGGGCCGCCCUCUGGGCCCCUGACGGGGAUGGGCCCCAGACCCCAGUACCCCUACGGCCCCGGCUACGAGCGGAGGCCGGACCAUGUAAUGGGGCCAGAAGGAGGCAUGGCGCCCCCCGGAGGGCAGAACAGCAUGGGUCCGUCUGGAAACGAGGCCGGCAUGUACCCCGCCGGCAGAUUCCCCCACCAGAGGCACGGACAUGAUGGUUACGGGCAGCAGUAUCCUCACAGCAUGGCCUACACUUCCCAUCAGCCCCUGUACCCUCAGCAGCAGGGUUACAAGCGUCCGAUGGAGGGUCUGUAUCCGCCUGCGAAGCGUCACGAAGGCGAAGCGUUUGUUCAGCAGUUCGGCUCUCAGCAGCCCGACAUGUUCGGCCCCUACGGCGGCGGAGGAGGGGGGGGCUACAUGGGCCCCGAGCGGCGUCCCGUCCAGGGCCAGUACCCGUAUCCGUACGCCCGGGACCGCCAGGGGCCCCCGCAGCACGGCAUGAUGGGCUCAGGACCGCCUCCGGUGUCUGGGGGCCCCGGGGAGGGGCCGCAGGCCAACAUGUGGCACCCCAGGACAGACAUGGGCUACACGUACAACCGGCAGGGCCAGGGGCCCCCCUACCCCGGCAUGGGCCGAGGAGUUGACCAGGAGGGCAGGGCCCCCCAGGACAGCCAGUGGCCCCCCAGUCAUCCAGGCCAACGCCAGCCACCGUACCCCCCCCACUCCUCUUCCUCCUCCUCCUCCUCUCCUUCCAUGCCCCUGCCCUCCAGACAGCCCCCCUCCUCCUUUCAGGCCACGCCCACCGCCCCUAACCACGUGACCCGCUCUCACAGCCCCUCCUCCUUCCCCGGCCCCUGGGGUUCUCUGUCCCCAACAGCGCCCCUACCUGCCCUCUAUGAAGAAGCCGGGACCCCACGGCCCCCGCCCGCUCAGGGCCUCCACCUCAUCCACAGAGAGGUCAGCUUCCCCGGCUCUGUGGAGGACCCCAAACUGAAGCCACGACGCCGGCUCACCGCCAAGGACACAGGAACCCCGGAGGCGUGGCGAGUGAUGAUGUCACUUAAGUCCGGCCUAUUAGCAGAGAGCACCUGGGCUCUGGACACCAUCAACAUCCUGCUGUAUGACGACAGCACUGUGGGCUCCUUCAGCCUCACGCAGCUUCCUGGUUUCCUGGAGCUCAUCGUGGAGUAUUACCGCCGCUGCCUCAUCCAGAUCUUCGGCAUCCUGGAGGAGUACGAGGUGGGAGCCGAGGGCCAGAGGACCCUGCUGGGACCCCUGUCCCACCCUCCCGAGGAGGAGGAGGAGGCGCUGAAGGAGGUGCUGAAGGAGCCGCCGGCUGCCGCCACCGAACCUCAGGAGGAGCAGAGGAUACCGAGGAGGUCAGCGGACGAGAAGGAGGCGACAUCCCCCCUGCUCGCGGCUGCACCCGCUGUCAACGCCGCGGAGGAGGUGAAAGACGGUAAACCUGUGGUCAAAGAGGAGGUGGAGGUGAAGGAGGAGCAGCAGGAGCAGGCGGAGCCCCGUCCCCAACAGGCCAGCAAGUACGACAAGCUGCCAAUCAGGGUGGAGAAGGGGGAGACGUGGGAGGAGGUGGAGGAGCGCUGGGCCGAGCUCAGCCGCCCCAACGGCUUCGACAGCGGCCUCCUGCACUGGAAGGCCGGAGGAGGAGACUCCACCGCUCACAUCCAGACGGGAGACUCCGCCCCCACAAACCCAGCGGCGAGGCAGAGGAGGGGGGAGGGGAGGAGUCAGGAGAGAGGGGGAGGAGGUGACAGGCAGGAGGAGGCAGAGGGAGGUGUGGAGAAGAGCCUGCCAGCCGGUGAGGGGACGCCACCUGAAACACAAGAAGGCUCUCCGUCCGAGGUCGGAGGUCAGAGGUCACCGGCUCGGAGUCCCAUCAGCCAGCUGGAGGACGAGCCCCGCUGCUGGGACGAGGCUCCGCUGUCCACGGCCGAGUCCUGGCAGGACUCUCUGGCCAAGCGCUGCCUCUGCGUCUCCAACAUCGUGCGCGCCCUCUCCUUCGUCCCCGGCAACGACGCCGACAUGUCGCGGCACCCCGGCCUGGUGCUGAUCCUGGGCCGGCUGGUGCUGCUGCACCACCACCACCCCCGCAGGAAACGGACGCCGCCCAGCUACCAGCAGGAGGAGGAGCAGGGUCUGGCCUGCAGCCGGGACGAGUGGUGGUGGGACUGCCUGGGCGCGCUCAGGGAGAACACCCUGGUGACGCUCGCCAACAUGUCGGGCCAGCUGGACCUGUCGCUGUACCCCGAGAGCAUCUGCCUGCCCGUCCUGGACGGGCUGCUGCACUGGAUGGUGUGCCCGUCCGCCGAGGCCCAGGACCCGUUCUCCUCGGCGGGCGGCUUCUCCUCGCUCACGCCUCAGAGACUGGUGCUGGAGUGUCUGUGCAAGCUGAGCAUCCAGGACUGCAACGUGGACCUGCUGCUCGCCACGCCGCCCUUCAGCCGCCAGCAGAAGCUCUACGCCACGCUGGUGCGCCUCGUGGGCGAGAGGAAGAGCCAGGUGUGUCGGGAGAUGGCGGUGGCCGUCCUGUCAAACCUGGCGCAGGGCGACCCCACGGCGGCGCGCGCCGUCGCCCUCGUGAAGGGCAGCGUGGGAACUCUGAUCGGCUUCCUGGAGGACAGCGUGGCCGUGGCGCAGUACCAGCAGAGCUCGCACAGCGUGCUGCACGCCGCGGCGCCGCCGGAGCCGCCCAGCAUCAACAUGAUGUGCCGCGCCGCCAAGGCGCUGCUGGCCAUGGCGAGGGUGGAGGAGAACCGGGCGGAGUUCGUUCUGUACGAGAGCCGGCUGCUGGACAUCUCGCUGUCGGCCGCCCUCAACUCCUCGGUGGCGGCCAUCAUGUGUGAAGUACUGUUCAAAAUCGGCCGCUCGUGACACGAACACCGCCACGGAGCGCGCUCAGUGUGACGAACUGGCUCCUAUUAUAUUUUUAUUUAACAGAACAUGUUUUUACACACAAAUGAAUGAAUAUAUAUAGAAUAUAUAAAAGCUCCUCGGCUCCAUCCGCAAAAUGUUUAUUUGGGAUUUUUAAGUAAUUUUAAUACAAAAAUAUUUAAUACUUGUAUUUUUAAUUUUUUUUUUUAUUCUUUUGUUGUUUUGUUUUAACCAAAGUGUGACGGCGGAGAGCGCCCGGGUUCUGGCUCUGCGAUGUUUUUAAACGGACGCGGUCGUUUCUUUCUGUUUCUAGGGAGGGGCGGGGCUUAUAUUAUGGGGGGCGGGGUUUAUGUUCUGGGGGGGGCGGGGCCAGAUGUAUUUAAAUAGUGACACAUGUUGUAGUUAGGCCUCUCUUUUCUCACGUGGUGUGACAGAGGAAACACUGAUGUUCAGGCAUGUUCUUUGUUUCGGUGCAAUAGGUUUGUUUUGGGCGUUUUUUUUUAACUUUAAAUGUGAAUUAUUUGACCAUCUGCAGUUCGACCAUCAGUAUUUUGCCGAACCACAACAGUAUCGAACGUCACUUUGUUUUUUUUUUUUAAAGAACUUUGUGUGUUUCCUCCGCCAAGUCAAAUCCGGAUUCCCCUUCGUCAUCCUCCUGUAAAUAGACGAUGUACAUUCGAGCUCCUGCAGACGGUGUCACGACUCGGUAGCUGGUGAUCAAUUAACUGUCAUCAUUUAUUCUAAACAACUCACCUGAACGUUUAGUUUCUCUCUUCCCAGCAGGUGAAGACUUUGUUUCUGUAUUUAAGGAAAAUCUUCAGUUUCAGGAUGUUUCUGGGGUCUGAUCUGGGAGGGUGCGUUUGAUUCGAGAGACUGUUUGUACAGGAGGUCGGGGCUGGUGGUGUUGGUGGUGGGCGGGGCGGGGGGGGGCGGGGGCUGUACUCAUGUUGUUGACUGACGCGACUUCGGAAACAGUUGUAACAAAUGUAAAGAGAGAGAAAAGAAAAUCUCUACAUCCAGAACGUCUCCUGUUUGAUUUGACAGACGCCGUUUCUUCAGUUCGAGGUCUUUUAUAUAUUGUUCCACGACAUGUUGAAGAAUAAACGUACACGAAACUCUGGUCGAGCACUGUGAACGCAGCUCUGGGCGUCCAAGUCAUUAAUCCAGAAACAAACACAACUACAAGUCCGCCGAAGCCGCGACGUUCGCCGCAAAAGACAAAAACCGUUGAGACAAGCGGCUCGGGCUAAACGCGCAGUUUAUCCCGAGGGUCACGUCUGUGUUUAAAUUUAAAGUAUCGGAGCUUUUAAAGGGUUAAAAUAGUCUAAAGGAAAUGUUAUAGGCAUAAAGUUUUAAUAGAAAAAGUUAGAUUUUUUUUUGAGGAUAAAGUAAAAAUUAAGUAAAAUUUAGUUUCCGAUAAAAUAUAAUUAUAAAAUAUUUAAAAGAACAUGAUGAGAGCCGAGCUUGUGUUUCAGCUAGCGACAGUUUUUUUUUCUUACUCUUCUUUCGUAAUAUUACGGCUUUUUACUCAAAAAUCACGACUGUACGGCGGCCUUUUUAGGACAUUUCGGACUCGGCGCUACGCUGUCGGACUGAACUCGACUUCCGUCAGACUCAUGUUCUUUAGCUUAGCAUGAAGCUAACGUUUUAAUGCUAACAUUUGCAUCUAGUUUAAAGCACAACUGAGUUUAGCAUGCUAACAUUAGCUUACAGUGCUUAUGGGUAUCAUAAACUACUAGUUGUUAGCAUGCUAACAUGCUAAUGUUUAGCAAGUUAAAUUAAGGGUUUUUUUUACUCCUCGAUCUGUGACAGCUGUGGAAACUUUUACACUUAACAACGUCAAGUUUCUCUGAUUAUUUUGUUCGUCUCCAACAGUUUUAUCAUCAGUCUGCCAUCUUCAACAUCCGCUGCUAAACCGACUCGAAGCCGCCGCCUCUACUUUCAACAAACGGUAAUUUCCCACGAUGAUCUUCAAAGCAGACGCCAAAAAUAAAAGCGCGUCGAGCGGCGUUAAGUUUAGUUUAUAGUUAACAUUCAGAAGACGACGCGUGCAACCCGGAAAUACCAAACACAACAAGUAAACAACCACCGUGUUUGUUGUUUACAGUCCGAACACUGAACGCAUCAUCAUCAUCAUCAUCAUCAUUCUGUGUCUAACUGCAGUACAUUUACUCUAGUACCAGUCUGAGGUACUUGUACUUUUACUGUAGUAAAAGACGUGACUGGUGUUUCAUCAGUUUGUACGACUUUGGAAACUUUUGACGGUUUUCAGGAUUUAAGUAAAGUUUUAUUACAGCACAGAGACGUAAAGUUAAUUAUUGCUUAAUAACUUAUCAAUAACUCGCAUGUUGCAUCGCAGCCGAACAGCUUUCAGGAACAUUAGCACGAGCGGAGUCAACGAUCGCACUUGCAAGGGCCCUUUCUCACUGCUCUGGAGCUUUUGAUCAUAUCACAUGAUCUUCCCUCAGCACAUGGACGUUGUUGAUGUUUCAAUUUAAUUUUAAUCUUUUUUUUCCCUUAUAGUGCUUUAAAAAAAAAAAAAAAAAGGGAAAUUUGAAAUCCACAUUUCCAAGAGAACUGAACCAAAUCUGCAGAGGAAGAUCAUGUGAUAUGAUCAAAAGCUCCAGAACGGCCACUAAAUGGCUCUUGUGGUGAGAUUGUAAUAUUAUCGGGGUACAUUUCAUAUUGUAACAUGGUAGCAUUUAGCGCUAACAGUUAGAGCCUGUUAGCUGUUUGAUUGAAAGCUAACGUUAGCAUGGUAACGUGCUAACAUUUGUUGACAUAUUUUAAGCUAACCUUCGAACGCUAUCAUGCUAACACGCCGAUGUUUUCUCCCGCGUGUCGUCCUCCAGUCGGCUGCUUAAAUAACCAUCGCUGCUGUGAAAUAAAAGAAACACAGAAGCACUCACAUUUUGCACUUUUAUUUUAAGCCGCUGACUCCACCCGUCAGCAGGCGAGGCAGGGCGCUCUGCGGCCGAACAUCCACCCAGAGUCUCACCGCGACCUCUGACCUUUACGGACAAAGUGUGUAACGACCGGUCUGGCCUUCAGCACCGGUUCAGUUCAUCGCGUGGCCUUUUCCCCUGUUUUAAACCCCAUCAGGCAGAAUUUGACGUAUUUUCAGUGGAGUUCUGCUUCCUUUACAUUAAAAGCACCAGAGCAGGAAGCUAAACCGUUUCCCCUCC